AUGCAACACCUCUGGUCAGCACUGGGACUAGACUGGCAGAUGCAUUUAGAUGUGGCAUCGCGGGAGCUCGUCUCUCACGAUGACAGUCUGAUCGUGAAAGGAAUCUGUGACAAAACAUCUGUGGAACGACGUCUGUGGAACGACGUCUGUGGAACGACGUCUGUGGAACGACGUCUGUGGAACGACGUCUGUGGAACGACGUCUGUGGAACGGCAUCUGAGGAACGACGUCUGUGGAACGACGUCUGUGGAACGGCAUCUGUGGAACGACGUCUGUGGAACGACAUCUGUGGAACGGCAUCUGAGGAACGACAUCUGUGGAACGACGUCUGUGGAACGACAUCUGUGGAACGACAUCUGUGGAACGACAGCUGUGGAACGACAGCUGUGGAACGACAGCCGUGGAACAACAUCCGUGGAACGACAUCUGUGGAACGACAUCUGUGGAACAACAUCUGUGGAACGACUUCUGUGGAACGACUUCUGUGGAACGACGUCUGAGGAACAACAGCUGUGGAACGACAUCUGUGGAACGACAUCUGUGGAACGACAUCUGUGGAACGACAUCUGUGGAACGACAUCUGUGGAACGACGUCUGUGGAACGACGUCUGUGGAACGACGUCUGUGGAACGACGUCUGUGGAACGACGUCUGUGGAAGGACGUCUGUGGAACGACGUCUGUGGAACGACAUCUGUGGAACGACAUCUGUGGAACGACAUCUGUGGAACGACGUCUGUGGAACGACGUCUGUGGAACGACAGCUGUGGAACGACAGCUGUGGAACAACAUCCGUGGAACGACAUCUGUGGAACGACAUCUGUGGAACGACUUCUGUGGAACGACUUCUGUGGAACGACUUCUGUGGAACGACGUCUGAGGAACGACAGCUGUGGAACGACAUCUGUGGAAUGACAUCUGUGGAACGACAUCUGUGGAACGACAUCUGUGGAACGACAUCUGUGGAACGACGUCUGUGGAACGACGUCUGUGGAACGACGUCUGUGGAACGACGUCUGUGGAACGACGUCUGUGGAACGACAUCUGUGGAACGACAUCUGUGGAACGACAUCUGUGGAACGACGUCUGUGGAACGACGUCUGUGGAACGACCUGUGGAACGGCAUCUGUGGAACGGCAGCUGUGGAACGACGUCUGUGUAACGACAUCUGUGGAACGACAUCUGGGGAACGACAUCUGGGGAACGACAUCUGUGGAACGACGUCUGUGGAACAACAGCUGUGGAACGACAUCUGUGGAACGACAUCUGUGGAACGACAUCUGUGGAACGACAUCUGUGGAACGACAUCUGUGGAACGACAUCUGUGGAACGACGUCUGUGGAACAACAGCUGUGGAACGACAUCUGUGGAACAACAGCUGUGGAACGACGUCUGAGGAACAACAGCUGUGGAACGACAUCUGUGGAACGACAUCUGUGGAACGGCAGCUGUGGAACGACAUCUGUGGAACGAGAGCUGUGGAACGACAGCUGAGGAACAACAGCUGUGGAACGACAGCUGUGGAACGGCAUCUGUGGAACGGCAGCUGUGGAACGGCAGCUGAGGAGUGA